UGCCGAGGCCAUUUGUUGCCCUUUUAAAUGAGUUAAUUGCAAAAGCAACGUUUUCCGAUUGUUUUGCGCAUUAUAUUGAUUUUCUUCAAAGUGACAAGAAGUCAUUCAAUCAUUUGCAUUUGCGCGAACGAUGAGCGUAAAGACGAGUGCACGUAUCAAGAAACGACGGUCUGCGGAGGCGGCAGCCUUUGGUGCUGUGAGUGCAGCCAAUCAAGGAAACAGCUCUACCAGUAAUAGUAACACCAACCACAGCGCUGGAAGUGUUGGUAAUGCUAGCGCUGGUGGCGGUUGCGGCAGCGGAAGCAGCAGCAGUGGCAUAAAAAAACAUGGUCCCGUUGGACGCAAUCCAAAUUUUGACACUGAUGAGACUAAGCUGCUCAUACAAUUGUGGGGUGAUCCAAAGCUUCAGCGCACGCUUAUAACCACGCACAAAAAGCAUGCGGUCAUCUGCCAGUUGGCGGCUAAAAUGCAGGAGUACGGAUACCAUCGCUCUCCUGAGGAGAUUACUACGCGCAUUAAGAAUCUGAAGUGUUUUUACAAUCGUCUGAAGAAGGAUAUGGAAAGUGGACUUGCUGGCGAGACUGAGCCUAGUUGGAAGCAUUUUGCCGAAAUGGACGCCAUUAUGACACGGCCGAUUUUUAGCGUGCGACCUAAUGAAGUUCCGGCGCCAUCCCUUAAGUAUCAAAUGGAGCAAGCGUUGGAGGAACAUGCAGAGCGGCGCAAACGCCGAUUAGAGAAUGGCGAUGAACUAUCUGAUAGUGAGAACGAAGAAGAUGAUAUGCUACUUUCGGCGUUGGUGCCAAAGGAUAAUGGCAAGGUGGGUACUGCCACUGGCACUGGGUCUGCAACUAAAAACGAUAGCGACGGUUGCAUUAUGCCAGAUGUGGAGGUGGAAAUGGAUAUUAGCGAAGAGACAUUUGCAGCCAUAACCAGUGUGGCAACAAACGAUAAAAACGGUACUAAACGAUGCAAAUACUCCGCUGGCGUAGCUGCGGAAGUGGACUUAGAGGAGUCAUUAACGGCACGCAUUAAGACUGAGCCGGGCACGCAGAAGGAGCAAGCGAAGCAUUUGGAGACGAACACAGGUACCACAGACGAGGACGAUGACGACUGUAUGGUGCUUACGUUGCCCAAAGAGGAGCCCAUUGAUGUGGACGCCGACGAUGACCGUGAUGAGAAAAGAAAUGUAAUUGCGCGUGUAUCACCCUCGGAAUCCUCUAGCAAUGUGCGUGCAGCCAUGCCCACACUUGCCGAUAUGCUUCAAUUACCGAAGGGCGCUAAUCUGCUGCCUCUAAAUGGUGCCAAUGUGAUAAUACCAGCAGCAAGCUUGUCCAGUAACACCACAAUUCCCUCCCCAAAUAGCAGCAGUACAGCAUCCAAAGUAUCACCAGGAAAAAUUUCAUUGGUGCCUACCAAUUUUCUAAUGCAGCCAAAGCUUCCGGGUGUUCCCACUCCCACUGGUGUCGGAGCAAACGUUGCAAAGGCUCCGCAGAUUCAGCUGCUUCAGAGUGCUUUAAACAAUGGCGCUCGUCUGAUGUUGAGUGGCGGUACGACAGCACAUGCACAGACAGCCAAUACAGGCAUUGUGAGCUCGAGUGCGAGUGGAGUCAAGGUUUAUCUUGUCAAUGCGGAUCAGGCAGCGGCAGCAAAGGCUGCAGCGACUGUGGGCAAACCACCCGUAGCAGCCUUGCCCAUGGCUGCAAGUCUGCAACAGCCACAGCAACCGCAACUGCAGCAGCAACAGAUGGUACAGCAGCAGCAACUGCACCAACAGGAGCAGCAGCAGCAAAAACAGGAACAGCAGAAUAAAAAGGAUGAGAAGCGCCGCGCGCAGGAAAAAGCGCGAGAGGAACAACAGACUAAGCGUCACAUGACAACAAUGCGGAUUUUGUUACGACAAUUGCUGAAUGCGCAGAACGAGGCCAAUGAGAUUCAACAUAACCGGCUGUCUCUCGAGCGCGAGCGUUUGGACUGGGAGAAAUCAAUGGGUGAUCGCUUGUUUACACUUUUGCCCACUCUGUUCCCGCCAGCUCCAACGACAAAUGCAGCACCACACCAUCCGCAAACGCACCAGCAACCCCAGUUCAUCGUAUCGGGCGCUACUUCGGCGACGCAGCGGCUGCAGCCUCCGAAGCUGCUCUUUACCACUGCGCUGCCCAUGGCGAACGGCACGGUUUCCAUGCCUCAUAUACUCACGCCAUCUGGCACUCUGACAGCCUCGCUGCCAAAAGUGAUUGCGGCACCAGCACAAGGAAAUUCUAACAAUGUCAGCGGCACUGCUGUUGGUUGCGUGAAUCCUGUGGAGAUAUGCACACAAAUCAAUGAUAUUCAACUGGUGACGCCGAAGAUGGAGAAAGAGGGUUGACACUUCCACAAUAACUCAUGAUCUAUACCAUUUUCAGUGAUCUUUUGAAUGUAGAAAACAAUGAUACUCGGUACUUUAAUAAAUUCCAACUUAAAUGCAAUACGA